AUGGCUUCUGAAAUGAUCGCAAAAUACCGAGGGAAGGCCGAGAUCUUCCACGGCGAAGAGAUAUGCAAGAAGAAAUCAGUUGAGCUCUUAGAAGAGAUGAAGCUGCCCAACAAUUUAAUACCAGUGGAAGAGAUGGAGGAGAUGGGCAUCAACAAAGAAGAUGGCUUCUUCUGGAUAAAGCUAAAGAAAGCCCAGAAGUACAAAUUCCCCAAAGUUGGAGACACCCUAUAUGCUACUGAAAUGUGUGGUUUCAUGGAGGUUCAUCGGCUUAAAGAUUUGAAAGGAGUGACUGCUAAGGAGUUGAUGCUCACCUUCACUAUCACAGAAAUUUAUAUAGAGGAUCUCUCCUCUGGGAAGAUCAACUUCAAGACUGCUAGUGGGUUUUCUCGUAAACACCCCAUUUCUUGCUUCGAGAUCCCAAAAGGAGACAAGAAAUGA